CUCCUGAUCUAUAAUUGUCGAAUAGGACAACCAUAAUACGCAUGUGAAAGCAUUUGCUAAUCCCAUGGAUAUACAUAUAUGACAGUCUCUGCCUCCCUCCCUCUCUCUCUCUUAGAUAGAAGCCUGAAGCCUCUAGUUUGCUCACAAGAGUGAACAAGAAGCAUGAAUCGAUGUAUAGCAAUUCUUCUAUUCUACAUGUUCCCGUUGAUCCAUGGACAGCCUGAUUAUCUAGGUUUCAUAAGCGUCGAUUGUGGUAUCCAAGUGAAUUCUACCUACCAAGACACCAUUUCAAAUAUAAUAUAUGUAUCAGACUAUGGUUUCAUCAACGCAGGAGAAAACCGCGGCAUCUCCUCAGAUUACGUAAAGCCAUCACUGGUGAAACGCUAUCUGAAUCUCCGGUCCUUUCCACAUGGCCCAAGGAAUUGCUACACCCUGAGAUCCUUGGUGAUGGGAAACAAGUACCUUGUUCGUGCCGCCUUCUACUAUGGAAACUAUGAUGGCCUGGGCAAACCUCCUGUGUUUGAUCUGUACCUGGGGACAAACUACUGGCAUGAAGUUAGCUUCAGUGAUGCAGGAGCAUUCAACUGGAUGGACAUCAUACUAGUGGCUCCUGAUAAUUACUUGCAAGUUUGUUUGGUGAACAAAGGUAUGGGUAAUCCAUUUAUUUCUGGGCUAGAUUUGAGGCCACUGAAGACUACCCUUUACCCAGAGGUAAAUGCAACUCAAUCGCUCGUGCUGGUUAAUUCUAAUCGGUUCCACAUGGGGCCCACAGACGGUUCAGUAACCAGGUACCCCUCGGAUUCCCAUGACCGCAUCUGGACGACAUAUAGUGCAAUUCCGAACUCUACUGAGAUAUCUUCAACAUCUGUAAUUCAAAAUAACCUCAGGGAUGUCUAUGAUGUGCCAUCAUCUGUUAUGCAAAAUGCAGCUACUGUUAAUAGUUCAAGAAUUGAUUUCUCAUGGAAUCCAUCUGAUCCAUCGGUGAACAUAAGCUCCAAAUACUUUUUUAUUUUCUACUUUGCUGAGCUACAGAAUGUACGGAGCAAUGCAGUGCGGCAGUUUGAUAUCAUUAUAAAUAACAAGACAUGGAACAAGCAACCUUACACCCCAACAUUCCAAGUCACCGAUUAUUUUUCCGGCAUUUUGCAUGGGAUGGAAAAUUAUAGUGUCUCACUUGUUGCUACAAAAAAUGCAACACUUCCACCUAUCCUCAAUGGCAUGGAGAUAUACUUGGUGAAACCGAUAACUGCGGUUGCAACUGAUCCUGGAGAUGCAGCUAGAGCGAUGAUGGCAAUCCAAGAUGAUUUUGGUGUGAUAAAAAACUGGAUGGGUGAUCCAUGUACUCCGAAGGCUUUCAUAUGGAGAGGAUUAAACUGCUCAUAUCCACCAGUAGGUGCCUCUAAAAUAACGGCACUAAACUUGUCUUCCUUUGGAUUAGUUGGUGCCUUCUCUACUAAUUUUAGAGAUCUCAAAGAACUCCAGUAUCUGGAUUUGUCGCACAACAACUUGUCUGGUCCUAUUCCGAAUUUUCUUGGGCAGCUUUCAUCACUAAUGUUUCUGGAUUUGUCCAGCAAUGAUCUGAGUGGACCAAUUCCUGACAGCCUUUUACAAAGGUCCCAAAAUGGGUCCUUAUUACUAAGGGUCGGUGAUAAUGCAAAUCUUUGUGGCAAUGGUACUGCCUGCAGAUCAAGUCGAAAGAAAAUCAGCGGGACACUUCUCGCUGCAAUAGUUGUACCAAUAGCUGCUGCCAUUGCACUAUUUGUUAUCUUUUUUUUGCUGUGCCAAGUGUUCAAAGGAAAAGCUAAGCGAAACGCUACUGGUCAUGAAGAUGAAUCAGCGUUGCUUGAGAACCGAGAGUUCUCUUACAAAGAACUGAAGCAUAUUACGAAUAACUUCAGCCAAGAGAUUGGAAAGGGUGGGUUUGGACCUGUCUUCCUUGGUUACUUGGAGAAUGGAAUCUCGGUUGCUGUGAAAGUGCGUUCUGAGUCAUCUUCCCAAGGGGGUAAAGAGUUUCUGGCUGAGGCUCAGCACUUGACCAGGAUUCAUCACAAGAAUUUAGUUUCUUUGGUUGGCUACUGCAAGGACAGAAAUCAUUUGGCCCUUGUUUACGAGUACAUGCCCGAAGGGAACCUGCAGGAUCAUCUGAGAGCCACUUCUACUUGUAAACCACUCAGUUGGGAGCAGCGUCUUCAGAUCGCCCUUGAUGCUGCACAAGGUCUUGAGUAUCUGCACAUCGCCUGUAAGCCAGCAUUGAUACACAGAGACGUGAAGAGCAGGAACAUCCUCCUGACCACAGAUCUUGGAGCUAAGAUUGCUGAUUUUGGCCUGACCAAGGCUUUCAGUGACUCCGAAACACAUAUAACCACUGAGCCAGCCGGUACUAUGGGCUACUUAGAUCCUGAGUACUUCCGCAGUUAUCACAUCAGUGAGAAGAGCGACCUGUACAGCUUCGGUGUCGUCCUCCUGGAGCUCAUCACGGGCCAUGCCCCGGUCAUACCGAUUAGCGACAGCAUGACUAUCCACAUCGGUGAGUGGGUGCACCAGAGCCUCGACCAUGGAAACAUUGAGAGCAUCGUGGAUACCAAGAUGGGAGGGGACUAUGACAUCAACUCUGUCUGGAAAGCCGCUGACUUGGCGCUGCAUUGCAAGCGAGAGGUCUCCCGAGAGCGGCCUACGAUGGCGGAGGUAGUGGCGCAGCUUAAGGAGUGCUUGGAGCUCGAGAACCGUCGUGACGGGAGGAGAAGAAGGUUGGGUUCGAAUGUUGAUGAUUUGACCUGUCCUGGAGAAAGAAGUGCACUUGAGAUAGAAGAAGAAGAAGAAAAGCAGCAAGAUGGGGGGAUACAAGCGGCUGCUGGCCCUGCAAUGAGAUAAUAGGUUUGAUGAUCUUACAUAAAUACUGGAGGUUUGAGCGCUCUUGCCUUACCUUUCUGAUAAGUCAUCAUAUUGUCUUUCUUUGUGAUGUUCUCAAAUUCCUGGCAAUGCUUAGAUGGAGUCGAUCUGUUCUAGCUAAAAGAAAUUACGAUGAAGGAAUUUUAAAUGGAUUACGUCUAUUACUAUGUA